CGACCGACCGCACUCUCCGUCAACCAUCCAUCUGCGACUGCUUGAGGAUGACUGGCGCUCCAAAUCAUGGAGUACCUACCUAGUCUUCAACAGGAGUUCGAUGAGCACAAGCCAUCGCUCUUCGAACUCCUCGCUGAACAACAGCUAUCUGACCUUCUUCCACCUUCUAUCCGCUAUCUCCUCGCGGUCGCAACACAUCGCCACCCGCGGUACCUCCUCCGGAUCCUCAACUCCUACGACGAGGUCUACGCCCUCCUCUCGCUAGUCGUCGAGCGUUACUACCUCCGCACAUUCGGCGGAUCAUUCACCGAAAACUUCUAUUCCCUCAAGCGCGAGCGUGUGCUCCGUACGAAGAAUGGCGAGAUCCCACGCGCCCAGGUUGGCGCGGGCGGCCCGGUGCGCGACGCCCUCAAGCUGCACUCGGCGGACGUGUGGAAGAACCUGCUCGUCAUGGUCGGUAUCCCUUACUUGAAACGCAAGCUUGAUGAGGGAUACGACAUCCAUGCCGCGCCGCAUGCGUCUCUGGUGAUGGGCGGCGGGCCGCGAUACAAUCCCAGCGAUGAUCUCCCACACAAUCCUACCAUCCGCCAGCGCAUUUUCCACUAUUACAAGUGGUUCUUGCGCAAUGUAUAUCCGUCCGUCAAUGCGGCGUACUAUUUCUCCAUUCUGGCAUUCAAUCUUGCUUACCUCUUCGAUAAUACCAAAUACUCCUCUCCUUUCCUUUGGCUGAUUGGCACGCGCAUUCGCCGCCUGGGAGCCGCUGAUCAUCGUGCUAUCGCCGCUGUGCUGGACUCCAAGCCUGCACCUGGCGGAAACCGUUCUCAGCGACCUGGCUCUGGAUUGAUGGGCCUCUUGAGCCCGCAGAACAUGUACCCACAACUGCUUACAUCUUUGCGCUACUUCCUCCCCGCAUCGAUCUUCGCGUUGAAGUUCUUGGAAUGGUGGCAUGCAAGUGACUUCUCGCGGCAAUUGGCUCGCAAGGCAACCGAAGUAUUGGACUUGCCAGCUCCCGUGGUUUCGGGGUUGACCAACCCAGCGGAACGGCGCAAGUCUGGACAAGAGGAAGAGAAGGAGAAGAAGGCUUCUGGAGACUUGAAGUCUGCAUUGAAAUCGCCUCGCCGCCACCAACCACCUAUCUCCGCAACCUCAUAUCUUCCUAUUUUCACCGUGCCUCUACCACCGGCUGAUACCUCUAGUGCAAACACCUGCCCUGUCUGUUUGAACACGCUCGUCAAUCCAACAGCAUGCCAGACGGGAUAUGUGUUCUGCUACGUGUGUAUUUUCCAUUGGCUUAACGGCGAGCACCAGAGACAGCUGGACUUUAUGAAUGGAGAAGGUGCAGGUGCUCCUUGGGAAGAAGAGAUUACUGGCGAUGAUGAGACAACGAAGAACUCGUCAGACGACCAAGGAUCCGAUGACAAGACCUCUCGCAAGCGUGGCGGAAAGUGGGAGAGUGGGAAAGGAAGAUGCCCAGUAACUGGGAGGAGAGUUCUCGGUGGAACCGAUGGCCUGCGGAGGGUCUUGAUUUGAACGAUGAUGUAUAUACCUACUUGUACCUCUUAUUACACAUAUCUCUCUUACAUUAUACUGCACAAGCCGGCAGGAGCACAUCCCAUUCGGAAACUUUUCAGCGUUCACUUUGCCAACUAAGAAAUGAGAUGUAAUUUUUCAUAUACAUGGCCAGUAAGCAUUCUCCAGCUGGCGCCUUCUCUCAAAAAACCUCUUCGAUCAGAAAGAAGAACGCUCAAUCAAGAUUAUCCAGAAUUCUGGAUCAUUCGGGGUUGACGAUGAACUGACUCCGGAGAGUCACGUCUAGACGACCGCGUCGAAGAAUGAGGUCUCGAAUGUCUCUCAUCCCCUGAAGACGCCUCCUCUUCUCCGUGAACCGUUGCUCCAAGUUCCGCUGAAGGCCUUCCACUCUCUCCAACAACACCCUCAUCAUGGCCGAGCUGCUCGGGCUCUUCGAAGAUCCCGAACAGCUCGUCCAUGGGCCCUUGGGGCUCUGUGGUACCGGGGUUGGCUGGGGAUUGGCCACGCUUCUCGAAUGUUGUUGGCUCAUCUUGAAUUUCUUCGAUAGAUGCAAAGCGGUAUGGCUUGUGAGGCGUCUGAGGCUCCUUGAAAUGAUGGGCAUAGGCAUCAUCGUCGAUUUUCCUCUGCACAUCCUUCGUAGGGAUGAUUUCAGUCGUAAGGUGUUUCACUUUAUAUAUCGCCUGGGCCCUAUCGCCGUCGUUGAUUUGCCUUUUCCAUGUCGGAUCAUUAUUUUUGUUCUCUAUAGUCUUUAGGGCUUGAGAGGGUGCAUCAUCAGAGACACGCUCGCGCAGCUGUUUGCGAAAUUUCUCUUCCUCAGUCUUCAGCCUUUCUUUAAAUUCAAGCUGCUCCAGCUCGCGCUGGAUUUUUGUCCUGCGAAGCUCCUCUUCAAGGGCUUUCUGUUUGUGUUGCAGCAUCUCAAGCUCCAAUUUGCCCAGCCGGUGGAAGACGUCUUCCUUGAACGAAUCCAAAUGACGAAUAUGAUCCAAUCGCUCCGAUGCCUCAGUUUCCUGUUCUUUUUGAUGAGCAUUUGCUGCGAACCCGAUUUUCUUGCUCUGACCGGCGCGUUCCUCGGCUCUUUCCUCCUCUUCAACGAUCGCCCGGGCAAGCUUGUCGAUUGCCUUUUGAGUAUAUGGAAGACUCUCGCGCAUUGAUUGUUCCAGCUUGGCAUUCUGCUCAAUGAGCUCUGCAUUGUCGGAGACCGAGCGAGCUAAUGCAUUCUGCACCAUAAGACCAUUCCAGCGGGUCGCAACACAGACGUCGUCUUCAGGAGCGGGCUCGAAUUGUGAAGCGGCCCCUUGAAGUCUCUGAAGAAGUUCUUGGCGAGAACUAUCAUCAAUAGCAAGCAAGUACUGUGAAGUAAAUGACUCAUAUAAUUGAACAAGGUCUCCCUGGUCCUCUCCGUGUAGUUGAUCCAACUCCUGAAACAAUGGUCGGGGAUCUUCCACGCGACAGAUAAGCUCUCUGAGCAGCAUUGCCUGGGUCUUGUAGUCUAAAAGCUCCUUGGAGGUCUUGAGUGCCCACUGUAAUUGCUCAGUUGGUGGGAAUUUCGGAUCUGGAGAUGGCCAGCCCGGGUUCUCAGUCGCCACGGGUAUAUAGAUUGGUAGACACCACUUGUUGAGAACGAACCCAGAGACAGCCUCGAAAUGCCGUUCUCGCUGUUCACGAUAUGAUGUACUCCAAUUUUGCUGACGACCAAAAUGCUCCUUUGCCAAUAUCCAUUGUAGAUAUGGACGAGAUUUCGUCAGAUGAGGGCUGUAUUCUCUGAUAUCGGCAGCGCAUUGCUCAGCUUGUUGUGCACAGCGGGCCAGGCUCAAGUUACGAUCCUUUGGCAGUAGGCAGAGUGCUUGGCUCCCAAUAUCGAGCAUGUACAUCAUUUCCACAACAAUAGUCAAUAUGGCCAAUUCAGUUGCUUCAUCGUAUUCGUCAAUGGUCCAAUCCUUUAAAAGUCGUUCCAAGCAAUGAACUGUCUGAGGAUUCUUGUCCUUGUUCUCUUCAUCCGCAUGGAACAAUCGUUCCC